GGUUUAGCCUGGGUCAGCGCUUUCUGAAAGGAGCCCCCGCUCAUGCAACUACGGGGAAAAGCCCCCAUGUGGAGGGCCCGGGACACAGCAGCCUGGGCAAUGCUGACGUCACGUUUGUGCAAUCACGUGGCUUGGCACGGCCACCACUGCCCAGGUAAGAAGCGCAGCUGGUUGGUGUAGCUGAGGAGGGUGGAGACCAGCUGUUUGCCCAGCUGGCUGAGGUGGGUCCGUGCCUCCGCGUACACCUCCCUCGCUUCUGAAUGGAGGAAGACCAAGUCCCACUGCUGGGAAAGCGACUUUGCGAAGUCUCAGGCCGUCCCCGAACUCUCCUCUGAUAAAAUCCCCAGGGACGCUGCGCACCGUGACUCGCCAUGGGCAACGAGAACAGCGCCCCGGAUAACCAGAGGACUUCGUCCACUCAGAGCCCGGGACCCCUACGACCACCUGGGAAUCGCCAGACUACAACAGGGAAGCCGGAGGAGAAGCCCAGGAGCGCUGACCGUGGAGACGUGCCCAGCAUCGCGCACGGAGACUCCCGCUCCGCUCCUGAGGGUGCUGCUGCCAGCUCAGAUCCGGGCAUCGCGUCCCCAGAGGUGACUGAACCAAGGAAGCACCCACAGAAAGCCAGCGGCCCGGAAGACUCUCCACUGCCCAGCCCACCAGCGCCCUGGGAGCAGGACAGCCCCUCGGGCUCCAUGCCCUUUGCCGAGGGCCCCCCCACGGUAGGCUCCAUGAGCCCUCCAGCUGCACCCGAAGGCUGGCCCCUCAUCCGGCCCCUCGCUCAGCACCCCAGGAGGAAAUCUUGCCCAAAUGUCCAGGGGUACACCCUGGGAGCGCCUGCCCCUCACGGGGACAGCCCUACUGAGCACAGUGCAGCUGCCCUUGUCCCCAGGGCUGGAAGACAGAACGACCCAGAGGAAGAGGGGAACAUGCCCUUUGCCGAGGGUCCCCCCGAAGCUUGCUUUGCAAGCCCUCCAGCUGCCCCCGAAGGCUGGCCCCUCAUCCGGCCCUUCGCUCAGCACUCCAGGAGGAAAUCCUGUCCAAAUGUCUGGGGGUACACCCUGGCAGCGCCUGCCCCUCACAGGGACAGCCUUACUCGGCACAGUGCAGCUGCCAUUGUCCCCAGGGCCGGAAUAAAGAACAAACUGGAGGAAGAGGGGCACAUGCCGUUUGCCGAGAGUAUCCCCGAAGUGUGCUCAGGAAGCCCACCAGCUGCACCGGAGGGCUGGCCCCUCAUCCGGCCCCUCAGUCGGCACCCCAGGAAGAAGCCUUCCCCAAAUGUCCAGGGGAGCACCCUGGGAGCGCCUGCCCCUCCCGGGGACAGCCCUACUGAGCACAGUGCAGCUGCCCUUGUCCCCAGGGCUGGAAGACAGAACGACCUAAAAGGAGAGGGGCAGAAAUCGGCUUCCAUUGAUCAGUCGCCAGGAAUUUCACCAGCACCUCCCAGAGAGCCUGUGGGGGGACAGCCGGCUGGAGAGGCGGGCCAGCCUGGUGGCUUCGACUCCCAAAGGAAAGAGGCUGCAGGUGGCCUCCCUCCACCAGUGUCAGGAGUACAAGCGGCCCCCACGAGCCCAUCUGCAGCCCCGUCAGGCGAGAAGAGCUCAGCUGCCCUGGAGGACGGCCACCCAACGCCCAAGACCCCGGCCCCAGAAGUGCCACCCCCCAGAGCCUCAGACAGAGGAAGUUGCCAAGCAGAGAUGCCGCCGCAGGAUUCAGUCACUGACUCAGUUUCCCUCGGGGUCUGCUGUCCCACAGGGAGCCAUUCAGGGCCUGCUCCAGAAGCCCAGGCCGUUGCUUCUCCCCGGGAAAGUGGUCAGCAGCAAACCGGGGCACAACUGCCGUGCGCGGAGCCAGCCUGCGGUCUGCCAGGUCCUGCCCUGGCGCCGGGGGCCGGGGGCUCUCGGAUGGAGACUCUAGAUGCCAGGGACGCUCAGCAUCACUCGAAGACAGGGAUGCCAGGCACCGAGCCCAGUAAAGCCGCCUGUGGGGCAGCAGGGGACCAGCCUGAGGCAGCUUUGCUUAUGAGUGCUGAGCAGCCAAGUCCAGCCUCGGGCCUCACUUCCCAGCCCGGCGCCCAGGCCUCAGCUGCCGCAGGAGAACCCGGCUGGCUGACCAGGGAGACGGUUUCGGGGCCUGAGGUGCCUGUGCUUACAGAUCCAGCCAAAGAGCCGGCAGAGGCAGGGUUGGCGGGACAGGAGACACCCGCGUCAGACCUCAGAGGUGAGGGAAGGGGUCUGGAAGGGAGCCCCCCGGCCGAGGGUCCCGCCCAUUUGCCCCAGAAGGAGAGUCGGGAGAUCUGCGGCACGGAGCAAAGCCGUGAAGUCCAACAAGGGGUGCCGCCCCCUCCCCCCAGCGCACCAGAUGAAAGUGCCAGAAGGUCCCUGGGGCCCAAGGGUGCAGCCAAGGCCCCCCACAGCCCAGGUGUGGCUGAGGGGGAAAGCAGGCACUCUGGGGCCACUCCUACAGGACAGGAAGAAGCCCCAGAGCCACCAGGCAGUGCAGACCCUACAAACCUGCGGGGAGAGCACCCCCAGGCCCUCGGCUGCAAGCCCGACCCAGAGACGGAGAAAGAGGAGGUGUCAGAGCGAACCAGUGCCGUGGAGAGCAAAGUCCUUCCGAGCACAGCCUUAGCACAGCCCCACAGGAAGGAGGGUCCCGGGCACAGGGACAGGCCCGGGUCCCCGUCUGAAGCUGCAGCUCCCAGCCCAGUGGCCCAUGGAGCUCUGGGAGAAGCCCACGUGGUCCGGGCACCUGGCUCACUGCACACGCUCCAAGCUCAGGGCCCCAUCACACCCCCCGCACCGGAUGGAGCUGGUGAACCCGUUGUUCCCGGAGGAGCCGUCCAAGAGGGGCCAGGACCACAGCCCCAAUGUCCUGACGUCCUUCAGGACGUGGGGGGACGGGGAAGAAUGGACUCUCUUCCUGCUUUAGAAGCUGAGAAAUCGGACUUCCUGCCGGCUUCUGCUGCGGAGGUCGUCCCCGAGGCUGGGGCAGUGGAGAGCUCGUCAGAAAUGAAGACCAGGGGCCGCCCGUCUGCACAGACGCCCGGCAGCUGUGACGGGGAGGGCUCGCUGACGCCCCCACGACCCCGAGGGCUGGGGCGCGAUGCAGCUGGACAGGAAGUCCAAGCCGAUGGGCCGCAUCCCGCCGAGGGGGAGAGCUUGGGAGUGGACCGUGGGCUUCCAGAGCAAGAUCAGCAGGGAAUCCUGCCCUGCCCAGGACACCAAAUCCAAGUGGCUGCACCUGAGGGACCCUCAGGAGAGCCUGAGAACCAUCGCCGGCCACCCCAGCCGGGCCCAGAAGGAGCUGUCUUUGCCAUGCUCGGGGAGAAGCAGCAACAGUGUGAAAAUGAGGACAAGACUUCCCCAGCUGAUCCAGGUUUUAAGGACCCAGGUGCGGAUUCCCCCCAGAUCCCUGUCCCCGUGGAACCUCGGGAGGAUGUGACCUUGUCCACGCACGGAGGAGGGGAGCAGGCUUGUAGACCAGAGCUUCAAAGGGAGCUCCCCAAAGUCAGUCUGUCUGAUGCUCCGAGUUCAGCUCCCAGGGACACGGUUCCGGAGAGCCCUGUGCCAGAGCAGUUGGAGCCGCUGGCCCCAGUGAGCCCCGAGUUGCCUGCCCUUGGGGAGGACGGGCGAGAGGUGGUGUGCAGUGGCAGCGAGCCCUGUGGCAUUGUGCUUCCUGCAGCGGACACCGCACAAGACUCCUCGCUCGAAGGGAGCACCGCACAAGGCUCCUCCCUCACAGGGAGCUUGCAGGGGAACGAAGGUUGCGCUGGGCGGGGGCCGAACAAGCCCCAGCAGGAGCCGGUCCUGGUGCCGAAAGCCAGCAGCCAGCGUGAGGAAGCAUGUCUCAGGGACACAGGUGCUUCUGAAGCAGCCGACGCCUGGCCCCCACUCCAGGGCCUGGGCAAGACGAAGGAGGCAAGUGGGAACACAGCGGGGGCCCUGCCCUGCCGGCCUGACUCAGGAGCUCUCCUGGAUGCAGCUCAGGGCCCGCCGGGCCCAGCGCCUGCCAGUCCCGGUGUCACACCCACUCAGGAUGCCCCGGAGAGCGCGGCGUGUGAUGAAACCCAGGAAGGCGGGCGGCAACCAGGGCUGGCCCCGCAGGAGGAAAUGGAGCGUCCUGCCACCUCGGAGGCAGAGGCCCAGAAGCUUCCUGGAAGUUUUCCAUCGGCCGAGGAGCAGCGAGGUGAGGCAGGGGCUGCUGCGAUUGGUGAGGAUGCUGGCCAAGGAGACCUGAGGAGGCCGCGGGCUCCGGAGGAGCCGGGAGAAGGUACUCCGGGUGGCAGCUUCCUGCAGAUGGAGCCGUGUCCCGCCCCAGGGGAGCAAGCUCCCACCCCCGCCCAAGGGGAAGCUGGCCACCCUGGGCAGCCCUCGGCCAGCUGUCAGGACACCUUGCCGCCAGCAGGAGAGCUGGCUGGGACUUCCAGGAGCAUGGUGGCUAGUUCCGCAGCCCAGGCUAUCCCUGACCCCAAGAAGCUCCUACCAUCGGGGCCACCAGAAGAGGCCGCUCCUGACACUCCUUACCUGCACAUUGACAGUGCUGCCAGGAGAGGGGCAGAAGAUAGUCCUAGAGGUCUUGGUGAAAGCCCUUGUCCCACACAGGAGCCCUCAUGUGCCUUGGAAAACGCCGCCUCCGGGAAGCCGGCUGCGGGCCCCCUCGCCUCCCCCUCCCUCUCCCUCUCCCACCCAGGAGCUGCAGGUGGGGACGUCUCCGCAGUGCCGGCCAGCAGUGGAAGCCCCAAAGCCAGGAACUUUGAAGGACCUGGGGACCCUGUGCCCUACAUGGACAGGAUGCUGCCUCCGGCCAGUGGCAAGCAGACGGCAGAGGAGGAAAGAGCGGCUGGAGCGCCUGAUGCAGGCACCCGGCCCCAAGAAAUUCCUGCUCGCCCUGCCAGUGAGGGGGGCGCGGGGAGGAUGGUAGAACCUUCCCAGGACACGAGGAAGGGCGCGUCCGGUGGCGUGGACACCGGCUCCAAGCAGACCGGCAUGACGGCCGGGUUCCCGGACUUCAGGGAGCACAUCACCAAGAUCUUCGAGAAACCGGUGCUUGGAGGCCUGACCGCCGACCGGCCCCAGCGUACGGCAGGGGAAAAGGCGGGAGCUGGCCCGAGUGUUGGGGGCAAGGACCUCAGGGUGCCCUUGCCCCCAGAGAAGCUUCCAGGUGGGACUCAAAUAGAAGCCGUAGCCCCUCUCCCUGCCCCUCCCGCUGGACUCUGGGUGGACUCAAAGAAGCAGAAGCAGGAGCUGGCGGUUGAGGCUGAGAUUUCCCACGGGGUUCCCCAGGCUCCAGCUCCAGAAGAGCUGCUGGGGCUGGCAGGGCAGAGCCUGGCAGGUGCUGGCGUGGGGAAGGAAAUGACUGGCGUCCCACUGAUGCCAAUGCCGAAGGAGCGCGAGGAGCUAGAGGGGGCGGCAGAAGCGGGGCCGGGGCUGGGAGGCCAGGCCGGCUCACAGCAGGGGAGCGGCCGGCAGUCGCCAGCUUCGGGCCCUUCUUCGCAAGCUGCUUCUCCAGAGACUCCUACGGGGAAAGCUGCAGACUUGCCGGUGGCUCUGCAGAGCCCCCGAGAAGGGGACUCGGUUCCAGGUGACAGGAUUCCUUCUGGGAAGCAGCACCGGGACACACCCACCAGCAGCAGUCGACCCAGAGAAGGCGGUGCCUGCGGCUUUGGUCACACCGGAGCUCCAGGUGACAUGCCGGUGUCCACCUCUGGCCUGGGAGCAUCUGGCCCCCGUGCGGACGUGCCUGUCAUAGCCGAGGCCGCCAGUGAGCCCUGGAACCCCAGCAUACCUGGGGGAGAGAGGAGGCCUGGGGGCGCUGCUGGGACCUCAGAGGAACAAAGUACCCCGGGCAGCCAGAGUGUCCGUGAGCCAGCAGCAGUGACAGACACUCCACCGGAGCCCGGCGUGGCGGCAGGGGCUGCCAGGGAAGCGGAGGGUGACGUCACUUUGAGCACAGCUGAGACCGGGGCACGUGUGCCUGGCGACCUGCCGGAAACAGGUACGACGAGGAUGUUCCCUGGAGUGCCUCCUGACUCUGCACCGCCAGGGAGCUGUGGGGACCCCGGCUGCUCCCCGGGGGCUCCGGGGAUGGAGGCUGCAGACGCCCUGGGCGCAGAGAGCCCCGAUGGGCACCAGCAGGCUGAGCCUCCGCCUCCUGCUGGGGACGGGAAGGCACGUGUCUCCUCGCCUCCAGAACCUGAAGACACUCGGGACCCUGAACUGCAGAGCCUGGCUCCGGAAGCACUCCGCGCUGAAAGGAUGAGCCCGGGGCCUGGCCCAUCCCCUUCUGUUCCGGAGAAGGGUGCUCCAGAGGUCACGGGCGAGGUUGUUUCCAAGGAGGCCAGCAGUGCGGGAGGAGCAGAAAGGCCAGCGAAGAGGUCACCUGUAGCAGAUGACGCCACCCGGCCGGCUGCCCGUGAAGACCUGGGAAACCCACUCUUAGCUGCCUCUUCCCACCCCGGUGUCAUCAUCGGCCAGGUGUCCACGGACCUGACGGCCCAGAGCACCUCCCCAGCCGCUGCCCAUGCGGGUCCCUGUCCCCCGGCCUCACAACACGCGUCUCUGCCUUCCGCCUCGGCGAGUGAUGGAGUAGAAGCCCCUGCUACCUCCUGCCAGGGUCUGGCCAAGGACUUGACCAGGAGUUCUGACUCUGAAGAAGCAUUUGAGACCCCAGAGUCGACGACCCCUGUCAAAGCUCCACCGGCCCCACCCCCGCCACCCCCAGAAGUCGUUCCAGAGCCGGAGGUCAGCGUGCCACUCGCCCCGGAAGAACCAGGAUGCGGCGCUGAGCCGGCCUCCGUCCCCGAUGGCCCGCGGAGCGCCUCGGUGGAAGGCAGCCCUUUCCGCCCUCCGGCCCAGUCCUUCUCCGCCAUCUUCGACGAAGACAAGCCGAUAGCCAGCAGCGGGACCUACAACCUGGACUUCGACAGCAUCGAGCUGGUCGACGACUUCCAGACCUCGGAGCCUCGCUCCGCGGACGCCAGGAGUCCGGAAUGCAAAGGGAGCACGCGGAGGAAGUCCACGGACUCUGCCCCCACCUCUAAGUCCACGCUGUCCCGCUCCCUCAGCCUGCAGGCCAGCGACUUUGAUGGUGCUUCUUGCUCGGGCAACCCUGAGGCCGUGGCCCCGGCCCCCGAUGCGUGCGGCGUGGGUGCGAGCGGCGAUUCCAGCACCCUUAAGCGAACUAAGAAACCAAGGCCGCCUUCCUUAAAAAAGAAGCAGGUCACCAAGAAACCCUCGGAAACCCCCCCGGUGAGAGAGACCCAGCAAGAGCCAGCCGAGGAAGGUCCUGUCCCCAGUGAGGAGAGUCGAGCGUCCGAGACAAAAGCGGAGUCGGCCCAGCUGGAAGGUUCUAGACCAGCCUUCACGCAGGAGGCACCACCGCUGGAACCGGCCGCUGUGCCCAAGGCCGCCUGCCCCCUGGACUCGGAGGGUGCACAGGGGGCUGCCCCCCCAGCUUCUGGAGGUGGCAGAGUGCAGAACUCACCCCCCGUCGGGAGGAAGGCGUUGCCUCUCGCCACAGCCCUGGAGGUGGUGGAGGCAGCCCCAGCAGAGAGCGGGGGGCAAGAGGACUCCCCGGCCAAAGGGCUCUCGGUGAGGCUGGAGUUUGACUACUCUGAGGACAAGGGUAGCUGGGAUAGCCAGCAGGAGAACCCCCCUCCUACCAAAAAGACAGGCAAAAAACCAGUUGCCAAAAUGCCCCUAAGGAGGCCAAAGAUGAAAAAAGCGCCCGAGAAACUCGACAACACUCCUGCCUCGCCUACCAGGUCCCCCGCCGAACCCAAUGACACCCCUAUCGCCAAAGGCACCUACACCUUUGACAUCGACAAGUGGGACGACCCCAACUUUAACCCUUUUUCCUCCACCUCAAAAAUGCAGGAGUCUCCCAAACUGCCCCAACAACAGUCGUACAGCUUUGACCCGGACGCCUGCGAGGAGUCCGUGGACCCCUUUAAGACGUCCUCCAAGACCCCUAGCUCACCCUCUAAGUCCCCAGCCUCCUUUGAGAUCCCGGCCAGUUCCGUGGAAGCCAACGGAGCGGACGGCGACGGGCUGAACAAGCCCGCCAAGAAGAAGAAGACACCGCUGAAGACGGUGGUUGAAGAUGUGAUGUCUGUGUGCUCUCUGUUUGACACAUUUAGGGUGAAAAAGUCGCCAAAACGGUCUCCUCUCUCUGAUCCACCUUCUCAGGACCCCACUCCCGCGGCGACGCCAGAAACGCCGCCGGUGAUCUCCGCCGUGGUCCACGCGACGGACGAGGAGAAGCUGGCGGUCACCAACCAGAAGUGGACGUGCAUGACGGUGGACCUGGAGGCCGACAAACAGGACUACCCGCAGCCCUCAGACCUGUCCACCUUUGUGAACGAGACCAAGUUCAGUUCGCCCACGGAGGAGCUGGAUUACAGGAACUCCUAUGAAAUUGAAUAUAUGGAGAAAAUUGGCUCCUCCUUACCUCAGGACAAUGACGCCCCCAAGAAACCGGCCUUGUACCUUAUGUUCGACACGUCUCAGGAGAGCCCGGUCAAGUCUCCCCCCGUCCAGAUGUCGGAGUCCCCGACGCCGUGUUCAGGGUCAAGUUUUGAGGAGACUGAAGCCCUUGUGAAUGCUGGGGCAAAGAUCCCCCAUCCCGUCGCACGAGGGCUGGCCCCCAACCAGGAACCACACUUGCAGGGGCCAGAGAAACCCUCCCAGAAGGAGCUGGAGGCCAUGGCCCUGGGCACCGCUUCAGACACCAUGGAAAUUAGAGAAGCUGCUCACCCGCCAGACGUCCCCAUCUCCAAAACAGCCUUGUACUCCCGCAUCGGGACCGCCGAGGUGGAGAAGCCCUCGGGCCUCCUGUUCCAGCCGCCCGACCUGGACGCCGCCCUGCAGGUCGCCAGAGCAGAGAUCCUAGCCAAGGAGAGAGAGGUGUCCGAGUGGAAGGAGAAAUAUGAAGAAAGCCGGCGGGAAGUGAUGGAGAUGAGGAAAAUAGUGGCCGAGUACGAGAAGACCAUCGCUCAGAUGAUAGAGGAUGAACAGAGGGAGAAGUCGGCCUCCCACCAAACGGUCCAGCAGCUGGUUCUGGAGAAGGAGCAGGCCCUGGCUGACCUGAACUCCGUGGAGAAAUCGCUGGCGGACCUCUUCAGGAGGUACGAGAAGAUGAAGGAGGUCCUGGAGGGCUUCCGCAAGAACGAAGAGGUGCUGAAGAAGUGUGCACAGGAGUACCUGUCCCGGGUGAAGAAGGAGGAGCAGAGGUACCAGGCCCUGAAGGUGCACGCGGAGGAGAAGCUGGACAGGGCGAACGCUGAGAUCGCCCAGGUCCGGGGCAAGGCCCAGCAGGAGCAGGCUGCCUACCAGGCCAGCCUGCGGAAGGAGCAGCUGCGCGUGGAUGCCCUGGAGAGGACGCUGGAGCAGAAGAAUAAAGAGAUAGAAGAACUCACCAAGAUUUGUGAUGAACUGAUUGCCAAAAUGGGGAAGAGCUAACCCGGAUCCAAACGUUCGGACUUGACCGUUGCGUGCAAUAUGACCGUCGGCACACUGCUGUCCCGCCAGGCCCGUGGACAGGCCCUGUUCUCACUCUCUCGUAUGCACUGCUGGGUCCCCUCUCUAGAUAACGGUGACUGGAUGGUAUGCAGUACUAAGGAGACUAUCGGAAUUUCUUGCUAUUGGUUUGCGUUUUUCCUAGUAUAAAUUCAUAGCAAGUUGACCUCAGAGUUCCUGUAUCAGGGAGACUGUCUGAUUCUCUAAUAAAACACACACCACUGACCUUGGCCUUGCCCUCUGUCCGUGAGUUCCCGGGGUGAGCGGCUUCUGGACUUCACAUGAACACGUACAGCUUGCACAGGGACUCUUGCCUUAAGGAGUGUAAUACCUUGAUCUGCAUUUGCUGAUUUGUUAAAAAAAAAAAACAAAAAAAAGAAA